AGACGACAAAGGAUGUGCAGACUCUUGGCAGAAGCACCACCAAUUAGUAUUAAAGGUAAUAAGCAUGCGGGAUACCUGAAGGAGAAGCACCUUGGUUGCAUGCAUUGGUUUAGCUUUUAAAAUCCAAGCGAAAUUCGAGACAUGUAUGAUGAGCUACGCCUCGUAGAUUGUGCCCAGUUGAUGAUAGCAUACAUAAAUGCAGCUUCGAAGGAAUGGAAGUGGGAUCGCCAAAAGAAGCUGAAACAGAAUCAAAGAAAACUCCUCCUUUGGGAAGUAGCAAACAAAAAGCCACCCCUCCCUUCUCCUUUUUGGGAAUUUUGAGCAGAAGGACCCUAUUCAUGCAUGGAAUAGUUAAAUAGUUCUUUACUUCUCCCUCGCUUUGUUCAUGUAUGCUUCUCUUUCGAGUUUCAGUUUCUGAAGCUAAUGGGUUCCUCAUCAGUGGAUUGCAGAGAUGAAAAUGUCGAAAGUUGGAUCUUAUCGAAGAGCCAAGAUUAUUUCUAUUGUGGCGCCAAGCCAGGUGAGAACAUUAUGCCAUUGGAGCUUGCAAUCAAAAGAGAGCUAGCUUAUCGGAAAAGAAUAAUGAUGCUACAAUCACAGACUCCCGUUGGUUCUACAGUUGCCUCUAUGCCUUCCAAGAUUCCCAUUGGUUCUACAGUUGCCUCUAUGUCUUCCCAGAUUCCUGUUGGUUCUGCAGUUGCCUCUAUGUCUUCUCAGAUUCCCAUGGGUUCUAUAGAUGACUCUAUGUCUUCCAAGGGGACACUCCCAAGUCGAAGUUUAGUAGGAAUAAAGAGAAAAGAACCAUCCUGCAACUUCCAAUGCUUGCCACAACUCUCUUCUAGUUGCCAACAGAUUCAAAACCGGUCAGUAGGUCUGAACAAGAAGUUAGAAUUGAAUCUCAAGCGUAGAACCAGGGUUACUGGAUACAAGAGCAUGCUUAAAGGGUUGGAGGAAAAUCAGGGGUACAUUGGACGUAAAGAAGGCCAGCUAUGGUGCAAUGCAUGUAAUGUUCCAUGCUCGGGUGAGUGCCCUUUGGCGCAACAUUUUAUGGGCAAGAAGCAUGCUGCCUGCGUUUCGGAAAUCAAGAAUGUAAAGAGAGAAGGAACUGAAGCCACCCAGGUCUGAAGGAACUGAAAUGUGUAAAUCCUAGAUCGGUAAAUGCCUAUAUACCACUUAAAGUUCAGCCAACUUUUUUGUUCCCAGGACUCAUCUUGUGACAUGGAUUACCAUCGUGCCAGAUUCCAAUGUGAUCAUAGUUUUCGCUGGUGGUGAGCAGAGUGAGGAUGGUGUUUAUCACUCUUGCUAUGUGCAGCCGCUCUUCGGCAAUGAUUCAUUGGACUGACUUCUUUUUACCUACUAAAUGGAAAACUCUGAUGAAAGAUACUUUCAUAUAGUUCAGGCUUCAAGCACCAUUGAGUAA